AUGAAGUUGCUGGUUAGGAAUUCAGGACGAAAAACGAUGACAGUGGUUGGAGACGAUGGGCGUCCCGAUGCGGCUCUGGAGGCAGGGAUUGGGUAUAGGAAACAGGAGGGGAAGAAGGGUGCUAGUCAGGAGUUCGAAGCAAGAACUGCAGACAGCAGUAAAGAGGAAAAUAAACCAACACGGCACUGCAAAGAAAAGUAA